GGGAAAGCCUGAGCUAGUGCGUUUCCAACAAAAGGAGCUAUUCCUUUACACUGGAACAUGUAUGCAAGAUACGACUUGGGUUUUUGUCUUUACCAUAAACGCUGUGUAACGUUAGGACAUACUGGAUAAUCGUUUUGCGUUGUCCGAGGCACGAUGGGAAUGAUGUUAUUUUUCAGGAGGAGGAUAUAUUGCUGUUAUUUCAUUCUUGUGUGGAAUACAAUAGAGGCGCACGUCCGUUAUGUCAUCCCAGAGGAGCUGAGGGGAGGUUCGGUGGUUGGAAAUAUCGCUAAAGACCUUGGAUUGGAUUUAUCCGAGGUCGGAGAUCGUAAACUGCGAAUAGCCUCCGAGUCGGGUAAGCAGUACUUCAGUGUGGCCGCGGAGAGCGGAGAGCUUAUUGUGAAUGAAAGAAUUGAUAGAGAGAGCCUUUGUGGGCAAACAGUGCCGUGUUUAUUGCCUCUGGAAGCAGUUGUAGAAAAUCCCCUGCAGUUACAUCGCGUUGAGAUUGAAAUACAAGACAUUAAUGACAAUACUCCGAGUUUUCAUUAUAAUCAGCGCAUAUUAAAUAUUCCUGAGUCAAUAAACCCUGGUGCGAAAUUUCCUCUCGAGAGCGCGGACGAUCCUGACGUCGGAUCAAAUACUUUGCAGUCUUAUACUCUGGGAGGCAAUAAAUAUUUUGUUUUAAAUGUAAAAACUCAAGAUGGCAUAAAAAUUCCCGAGUUAGUGCUUGACAAACCGCUCGAUCGAGAAAAGCAAGCCACUCAUAAACUGAUACUGACGGCGGUUGACGGCGGAAAACCGGGGAGAUCUGGCACUUGUGAAGUUAAUGUCAUCGUGCUUGAUGUUAACGACAACGCGCCGCAGUUUGAGAAAUCUUUUUAUGAAGCAAACGUGGCUGAAAAUGAACUCGUCGGAAAUGAAAUUAUCAAGGUUAGCGCUGUUGAUUUAGAUGAGGGAGCAAACGGGGAAAUCGAGUACGUUUUUGCGGACAAAACACCUGACGUAAUAAAGGACAUUUUUAAUAUUAACCCGACUACAGGUGUGAUUAGUGUAAAGGGGAAACUCGAUUUCGAACAAGCAAAUUUAUACAAAUUCGACCUGGUGGCCAAAGACAGAGGAAACCCGCAGAUGGAAGGGCAUUGUAGUGUAAAAAUUAUGAUAAGUGACAUUAAUGACAAUGCUCCAGAAAUAGUCAUUACAUCUCUCUCGAGUCCAGUGCCCGAAAAUUCCCCAAAUAACACCGUCAUUGCGCUAAUUAGCACUAAAGAUGCAGAUUCCGGGGAAAACGGAAAAGUUAAUCUCAGCGUGGCUUCCGGUACACCAUUUAAACUGAACCCUUCUCUAUCUAAUCGUUACACACUGGUUACAAACGGUCAACUAGAUCGAGAGAAAUAUCCUGAGUACGAGAUCAAAUUAAAUGCAAUUGAUUCUGGUUUGCCAGCCCUGCAUGCAGAAAAAAUUGUAAAAAUUAGUAUAUCUGAUGUCAAUGAUAAUCCUCCCGUUUUCUCCCAAACGUCAUAUACAGUUUACACGAGAGAAAAUACUGCACAUGGGUCAAUACUGUGUUCUGUAUUAGCAAAUGACCCAGAUCUUGACCAAAAUGCCAAAAUCUCUUACUCCAUUUUGGACUCAAAAGUUCAAGACGUAUUUGUCUCUUCGUAUACAUACAUAAACUCGGAUAAUGGGAGCAUUUAUGCCAUGCACUCAUUUGAUUACGAAAAGAUGAAAGUGUUCCAGAUCCGAGUCCAAGCGAAAGAUCACGGCUCUCCGUCUCUGAGCAGCAACGCUACUGUUCAUGUCUUUAUUGUGGACCAGAACGACAACGCCCCCGCUGUCAUUUACCCCUCUGCACUCAUGGGCUCUGUCUCUCAUCAGAGGAUGCCCCGCUCUGCUAAAGCAGGACACCUCGUUACUAAAGUCACAGCAGUGGAUGCUGACUCGGGCCAUAACGCCUGGAUUUCCUAUCGGUUAGCGGAGGCCACGGACACGUCUCUGUUCACUGUCACUUUACAUACAGGAGAAGUGAGAACUAAGCGCUCUGUUUCAGAGCAUGACGACUCCUCUCAGAGACUGCUCAUAGAGAUAAAGGACAACGGAGAACCGGAGCAGUCCACCACAGUCACUGUGGAUAUACUGAUAGAGGACGGCUUUCAUGAACCAAUCUCAGACUUUAGACACAAACACACAGAACCCGAUAAGAAAAGCAGCAAAAUCACGUUAUAUCUCAUCAUUUCUCUUGCUUCCGUCUCCUUGUUGUGUUUGCUGACAUUUUUGGUCUUGUUAGUAAAAUGCGCUCGAAGCAGUAGAGGCAGCUCGAGUUGCUGUAUGAGACGGAGUGAUGGUGAAUAUAAAAACCCCAACAGAAACCUGCAGAUCCAGCUCAACACUGACGGACCCAUUAAAUAUGUGGAGGUGCUGGGAGGAGACAUGAUGUCUCAGAGUCAGUCGUUCGGUUCCUAUCUGUCUCCAAUGUCCGAAUUCAGUGAUUUCACACUUGUUAAACCCAGCAGUACCACAGACUUUACAAACACUCUAAGCGUGCUCGAUGCGUCACUACCGGACAGCACGUGGACGUUUGAGAGUCAGCAGGUGAGGAGUGAUUUUUGUUUAUCUUCAUGUAGUGAACAUUAUUGUUAUAAAUUUUACAUUUACUGAAUUUCAUUUCAUGGU